AUGCAGAAGCUCCGGCUCGUCAACCCGACAGUGGUGUCCCUCGCGGGGCUCGCCAUCGUCCUCUUCAUCUUCACCACGCCCUACCGUCAUUCUUUCUUCGACACCUACGGCGUCGUCUCCACCUCCUCGUCAGGUUCUAGGCGCCCUAUCGCCGCCAAGAACUCCACUCGUGUCGUCGCCCGGGUGCCGAAGGGAUGCGACAUUUUCCGGGGCGAGUGGGUGCCGGACGACGGUGGAGCGGUGCCGUACUACACCAACCGGAGCUGCCCGUAUAUCCAGGAGCACCAGAACUGCAUGAAGUACGGCCGCCCGGACCUCGGGUUCCUCAAGUGGCGAUGGCGGCCUUCCGGGUGCGAGCUCCCGCGGUUCGACGCGGCGGGGUUCUUGGACGCCGUCAGGGGCCGAUCCAUGGCGUUCGUCGGGGACUCGCUGGCCCGGAACCACAUGCAGUCCCUCAUGUGUCUCUUGUCCAAGGUGGAGUACCCCAAAGACGUCUCCCCGACGCAAAACCAAGAAUUCAGAACGCUGCACUACGCAUCCCACAACUUCACCGUCUCCGUCUUCUGGUCGCCGUUCCUCGUCAAGGCGAACCUGUCCGACUCCGACAACGGCGGCGGCCGGCUGUGGAACCUGUACCUCGACAAGCCGGACGACGCGUGGCUGCCGCUCGUGGCGGGCUACGACUACGUGGUCAUCUCGGCGGCGACAUGGUUCACGCGCCCGUCCCUGUUCUACGAGUCCGGCCGCCUCGUCGCCUGCUACUACUGCCUCGUCCCGGGCGUGCCCCAACUCACACUACGGUACUCGCUGCGCGUGGCGCACCGCACGGCGCUGCGUGCCGUGGCCAGCCUGCCGGGGUUUAACGGGACCGCGAUCGUGCGGACGGUGUCGCCGAUGUCCCACUUCGAGGGUGGGGAGUGGGACAAGGGCGGCGACUGCCGGCGGACACGGCCGUACGAGGCAAGGGUGGCCGGGCUUGACUUGGACUUCUACACGGCGCAGGUCGAGGAGUUUGAGGCGGCGGAGAAAGCGGCGAGGGGGAGAGGGGUGAGGAUGGUGCUGAUGGACACGACGGCGGCGAUGGUGCUCCGGCCGGACGGGCAUCCGAGCCGGUACGGGCACUGGGCGCACGAGAACGUGACGCUCUACAACGACUGCGUGCACUGGUGUCUGCCCGGCCCCAUCGACGUGUGGAACGAGAUGCUGCUCCAGAUGCUACUCCCCUGA